AUGUCGAGCAAAUACGCAUUCACAAAGACCCUCAAGGAGGUGCGCUUUCUGUUCUGCCAGACUUCAGAGCAGAGCGCCGCGGUGAGGUCGUUUCUCACGCGCGCCUAUCCUACUAUGAAGAAGAACAAUCCCCAGAUCCCGAUUCUUAUCCGCGAGGCGCAAGGGACGCUGCCAAAGGUGUAUGCUAGAUAUGAGUUUGGAAAUGAAAAGGCACAAUCUUUGGAGGGGUUGUCGGAUAAGCAGAUUGAGGAUACGGUUACUGGAUUGGUGAAGAACGCAUAG